UGGCGGAGCAGAGCUAAUCAAGCUGGACUCGAACUCCUGACACUGCGACGAGCAAUUUGCUGAAGCAACUCGGCAUCACCGUCCUCAGUUUUUUCAGGACGUCCGCCGCUCCGCGUGUGGGCAUGGCGCGAAGAGAAUGCAGGAGAUGGCCAGAAAACAGGUGACGUCAGGAGAAAGGAUAUGGCGAGAGGUGGGGAACAUGAAGGCAAAUUUCGCUGUACUGCGCGUCUGUACUAUUACUCCCUCGCCUCCCUUCGCUCUACGACCAGAUUUCCAUCCCGUUUUCGACUCAUUCCAGCCGUAGCGAGCUAUGGCGGCGGCGUUGUGGGCCUCAUUUUCAGUCAACAUCUGCCCUGAAAAUGGCAGCAGGCUGGCAGAAAGAAGGUGCUGCUGGAUCUGCGCAUCUUCCACGUGGCAGCAGGAGAGAGGCUGGACCGUCCCGAUGAAGAUGAAGGCAAUAGGAGGCCAUCGCGGGGCAGCUGUGCGGCCCAUCCGUGCGAGUUGGCGAGGCACGUGGACGGAGCUAUCGAUAAGAAGAAGCCAGGUGUCAAGCCUGCCGGGUACGACGAUUCGUUCGCUGCACGUGGGGCCCAGGAGCGCCGCCUCGCCACCGCUGCAGUCUCCCGACUCGUCGCCGCUCCUUAAGCGGCGGGGGAGAGAGAUCGACGAGGGGGGGGGGAAGGAUUCUGUCAGACGCGCCGUGUGUUCAUCGAGGAUUGGCGGGAAGGGUUUGGCCAACGGAGGGAGAGGAGGAGAGGGCGAGGCGGGACGAGGAGCAAACGCAGGCUGGAGUUUUGGCGGGAAGUUAAGCCGGCGGGGAAUCGGAUGGCUUACACCUAGGGCAGCUGCUGAACCUGAUGAUCGGCCAUCUGAAGCUAGGAAUGGCUCUGGCGGUGGGGAAGAAGGAAGGAGGAGGAGGAGGGAGGUAAUCACUGUGGAUGAUCUGAGGGAGGAGAUCGCCUCCCUUCAAGAGGAGAUGUCGGAGACCCAGGCCAAAGCCAGUGCUGCUCGCAAUAGGUUCGUCAGGCUAACUAAUGCCGUGGAACGCCUGCAAUCGAGCACGGUUAUGGCGAUCAGGGAAGGAGACGAAGCGACUGCGCGACGGGUGCUGAAGGAGAAGAGCAACGUGAUGAAUGCGCUGGAGAAAUCGCAUCGCCGAGCGAAGGUUCUCGAAGCUUUGGCCAAAAAACUUGGGGAAAUGAUUUCGCGAAGAGAAACGCAAUUGAUAGUAGCGUUGACAGCAAGCUCUAGGAGCGGUGGAGAUGGAGGAUCAGGGAUUCGUUCUUCUUCUUCGUCGUCCACGAUGCACGCAGGAUCAACGGGAGCUGCGGCUAUGGCGUCCGAUCAGCUGCAGCAGACGUCGGCUUCCUCAGUCUUUUAUGCCGGGGAGCCGGGGGAAGGGACAACGGUGCGGGGAGAAUCUACCCCGUCCAACCCCCCUCCUCCUCCCCCUCCCCCUCCCCCUCUCCCUCCCCCUCCCCCUUCUACCUCUAACGCUAACCCUGAUUCGAACCAUAGCUCUACCACCCGCAGUCAUAGCUCUAGCCGUGGCUCUAGCUAUGGAGGACACGAGCAGCCGCUGAACCAAUCCGUGGCGAGUGAAGGUGCAGUAGGCGGCGAGGAGGAUUACCGUUGUCGUCAACGGGAUGUAAAAUUGGGUGGGGGUGGUGAUGACACUGGAGACUCCAUGAGCGCUAGAUGGCAGAUUCGAAUGCCUGGCGUGGGGAAUGGAGAGGAAGGGAGGGGGGGUAAGGAGGACCAGGGGGAGGGGGAGGAAAUCAGGAAGGAGAAAGAGGAGAGGGUGAAGAGAAAUAGAGAGAGAGAGGAGGGAGAAGAGGAGAAGGGGGUCGGGUGGGAGAGGCGGGAAAGAAAGAUGGACGAAGAAGAGCUUCAAGCAAGGUUUUUGGAUAUGGAGAGAAGUGAUUUGGAACGGAUGUACCAACGCAGCCCAGAACUUGAUCCCGACAGCGGCAGGGCAGCGGCGGAUCACAAGUGGAGAACGGACGAUGAUUAUGGAUCUACGACAACUAAGGUGCCAGGAAGAGGAGGGGAGGGCCUUAAGAUAGACACCAGCACCUUAAACCCUAAUGACUUGUCACGAGGGUCCAUCACUGACGGUGGGGAUGGGCGGGAAAAGUCGGACGAAAAUUGUAUCGUCGCAGAAGAAAGCUCUCAGGGGUUAUCUCAUGAGAGAGAGGUUGAUCAGAAGGGUGACGGGGACGGCCGGCUGACGAGCACUAGCAAAUCGGGGAUGCAGUAUCUGGCGGAGGUGGAUUUGCAAAUUGCCCUUGUGAAACGGAAACUAGACGAAAUUCGGCGCUCCAUUGAAGAGGGGAGGAAUGGAAAGGAGCAGGAGGAGCGGGCGCCGAAGGAUCACGCAAGCAGAUCCAGUGACGAUAAGCUAAAGGCUGCCAACCUGUUGCUUGCAGACCUUCUGGAAAUCCGACGCAGGCUCUCUCGCUUGCAAUUCCCCGGCCACCCAAUCAGAGACGAGGACUUGCACUGACGUCUUUCUUGCCACGGACACACGA